AUGGAGAUUGUUACCUCAUCAGCAUCAACAUUUUCUAACAAUGUUGUUACCCAUUUGUUCAACUAUCAAGAGUCCUAUAUUCCAUAUAAGGCAUUCAGAACCCCUGAACAAUUAAGCUAUAAUGAUUUAAUGUUUCUUUCCCGAUCUAAAAUAGGUAAAAGAGUGAAUUAUUCACCUGGUUUGUUACUCUUUGAUGUUAAAAAUGGUCUUGGAUCAUUGAAUAAAUAUGAAUAUUUCGAAAAAAAUCCUGACACAGGGAACCUUGGGUUGGAGAUCAUUCAUACCACUAAUUCUGUCACCAAGAAUGAGUACCAGAAAGGUCUUGAUAAUGGGGUUAAUAGAAGUGAGAUGUUAAAUGAUGAGAACAUAAAGUAUUGGAGUGAUUUCAAUAAACUUAUUCACAAACCGGAUAAUCUUUUCGGCUUGAAAUCAUGGCAAGCCAAUGGAAAUGAAAUUACCAAUGUAUCAACGCCGACAGUUUUAUUCAAAAAGUUCGAAAUGGGAGUGGAUGAAUUUAAGAAAGUUGAGGAUGAUGUAAUUGAAAGUUAUAGGAAAUUACUUGAAGAAGCUGAUUAUUUCCAGGGAACUCAAUUUUUCACCGAUUUAGAUAAUUCUUGGGGUGGAUUUACCAAUGAAAUGAUACUGGCCAUUAAAGAUGAAUUCUUCAAUUAUACUUCCAAUAAUAAAUUCAACAUGUGGACAUUUGCAUUCAUGGAUCCUCAAAUUAACCUCAAUAAACAUGUCAAUAUGGAGAAUAAGGUAACCAAGAUUCGAGCAUUGAACGAAUUGAGUAAGAACUCCAGUCUUCUCAUUCCUAUGAAUAUCCCUUCAGGUUCAAAUUGGAGAUCUUCAAGUGAAAUAUCAGUAUUAAUAAAUUCCGUUUGGGAAGUUUUGAACGAUAAAUCAAGUAAUAUGAAUAAGAUUGAAUCAGACUUCAUUAGUGAAAAUAGAAAUAUCAUCAAUAAGGUGGAGCUAACCACCAAAUCGACAUCUCAAGAUACUAUCAAUGAAUACUAUAAAUCUUUGAACAUAAGUGAUAGAGGUUACGAUAUAAUAGAUUUAGGUGGAGAUUCAAAUGAAACCAUACAUUAUGGAUACAACAAAGAUUCCAAACAUGAAUUCUGUUCACGUGAAUUCGAUAAAAAUCUUGAAAACAUCACUAAAAUUGAUACUUUCCCAUCAUAUAAAUAUCAACCACAGAAAGUUAAAUAUUCUAUUGAUUCUUCCGUAGUUUAUGAUUUAAAACAACAUAUAGAGUUUAUAAAAAGAAGCAGAAUCGAAGAUAAAGACGAUUUAUUGAACGAUUUGUUCGAUCUCAAGUAUAGUUAUCACGAUUCACCUGAUUUCGAAUACGAUUCUGAUGAAUAA